UUGUAGAGCGUUGAACAAACGAACAACGAAAGGGACGCGCUUGCUGCGGUGAAUACAAAACAAGAAAAUUUUAUGUUUGAGAAUUAUCGUUAAAAAUCAUUUAUAUUUAGAUCACAUCUAGAAUUUUCAAGUAAUAUUUUCAGAAGUACUCAACAAUGUCGAUCGGUGUACCAAUAAAGGUUUUGCAUGAGGCUGAAGGUCAUGUAAUUACAUUGGAAACAAACACAGGUGAAGUUUACAGGGGUAAGCUUAUUGAAGCUGAAGAUAACAUGAACUGCCAAAUGUCGAACAUUACUGUAACGUUUAGGGAUGGCAGAGUAGCUCAACUUGAACAUGUAUUUGUAAGGGGCAGUAAAAUAAGAUUUCUUAUCUUACCGGACAUGCUGAAAAAUGCCCCAAUGUUCAAAACAAAGCAGAACAAAGGUGCCGGGGCAGGUAGAGGAAAGUCUGCUAUUCUCCGUGCACAGGCUGCAAGAGGAAGAGGCAGAGGAGGAGGAAGAGGAAAUGUUUUUCAAAAGAGAAGAUAGUGAAAGAAGGAAAAAAGGACAAUUUUUCAAUAAGUUUACCAUUAUGAUGUGAUGCCCUAAGCAGAACCUAACGAGAAGAGACGCAAAGUAGAUCAUGAUAUGGAGAUGGCUGAGAGUAGUGUAAUCACUAUCAGUACAGUGAAUCUGCUGCUGAACCAAGCCAUGGAAUUGUGUUCAUACUCUGUAGAGAAGAAACAUCAAUAGGGCAGAACAGGAGAAGGAACUAUCAUUUCUCACACCACAAACUAACACAAAGUAAAGUACAGUAGUUUUUCAUUGCAUUGGUCAAGGAUUUUUAUAUUCUUUACUAUCACAAAAAAAAUCUGUAAAAACAAAGCCUGUACUACUUGAGUGUAUUUUUUUUCAUGAACUGACAGACUGCUUCUGUGUUUUUGUGGUGUGAGCAACGAUGUAGUCCGCUUCUCUAUUUAUUGGUGUAUGGUCAUUCUUGGAUUGAUCUUCGUGUCAGAGAUGCGCUUACAACAAAAGCUCAAGCUUUUAACAAAUUACUUGCAAUUUUUAGUAAGUCCGUACUGUAUAAAUCAUUUUUAAAAAAUUGUUUUUCCUGCAGAAAAUAUGAUGUGAUAGUUACUACAAUUACUCCUUCCAGAAUUUUUUCCGUUUACUUUUUAAUUGUAUGUAAUGAACAGGCAUAGUAUAGUACAGUAUGUACAAAGUACAAUCGAGCAAGACUUGGAAAUAUGUGCAUACAGAUUGCCAUGUGUGUUUAAUAAUGACUGUUUGGGUUGUGAGAAGGAAAAAUUGAGUACUGUACAAUGAUAUGCUUAGUUUGAAUGUACAGUACAGUAGAAAAAUCAGAUGGUGCCCUGAAAUUGUUGUAGCUACCAGGGGUAAUUCUAUUGUUUGUAGGCAUAUUGGCAACACUUCAAUCAAUCCAUCAUCUGCUUUAAAUGUGUAGAAGAAAGUGUAAAAAGUGUUCUGUUGAUAUUUUUUAUCUGUUAACAUUGUUUAUACAGUAGUUGGGAUCGGGUUGUAAUAAUAUUGUAUGCCAAGAAAAUAUGAUCAGUUUCAUCUAAAUUUGUUUUAAAUAAAAUCAUAUCUUUUAGAAA